GGAAGUUGAGGGCGGUCCAGGUGAGCCCCGGCAGACCCGGCGAAGGGACCGCUGGGGGCUGAGACGAGGGGCGUCCAACGCUGGAUUGUGGCGGAAAAGGGUGCAUCCGACGAAAAAGAUGGAUGCUAUGAUGCUGAAUCUGCGAAAUCUGUUUGAGCAGCUUGUGCGCCGGGUGGAGAUUCUCAGUGAAGGAAAUGAACUCCAAUUUAUCCAGUUGGCAAAGGACUUUGAGGAUUUCCGGAAGAAGUGGCAGAGAACAGACCAUGAGCUGGGGAAAUUCAAGGAUCUUUUGAUGAAAGCAGAGACUGAGCGCAGCGCUCUGGAUGUUAAACUGAAGCAUGCACGUAAUCAAGUGGAUGUAGAGAUCAAACGGAGACAGCGAGCUGAAGCUGACUGUGAGAAGCUGGAACGACAGAUUCAGCUGAUUCGAGAGAUGCUCAUGUGUGACACAUCUGGCAGCAUUCAACUAAGUGAGGAGCAAAAAUCAGCUCUUGCUUUUCUCAACAGAGGCCAACCAUCCAGUGCCAAUGCUGGGAAUAAAAGACUGUCAACCAUUGAUGAAUCUGGUUCCAUUUUAUCAGAUAUCAGCUUUGACAAGACAGAUGAAUCUCUGGACUGGGAUUCUUCUUUGGUGAAGAAUUUUAAACUGAAGAAAAGACAAAAGAGGCGUUCUAGUAGCCAACAGUUUGUUGAUGGACCCCCUGGGCCUGUAAAGAAAACACGUUCCAUUGGCUCCACAGUAGAUCAGGGGAAUGAAUCCAUAGUUGCAAAAACUACAGUGACUGUUCCUAAUGAUGGUGGGCCCAUUGAAGCUGUAUCUACUAUUGAGACUGUGCCGUACUGGACCAGGAGCCGAAGGAAAACAGGUACUUUACAACCUUGGAACAGUGACUCUACCCUGAGUAGCAAACCACUGGAGUCAAGAACAGAGGCAGAUAUCUCUAGCACACCACAGAGUAAUGGAGGGACACGUUUGCACGAUUUUGUCUCAAAGACGGUUAUUAAACCUGAAUCCUGUGUUCCAUGUGGAAAGCGGAUAAAAUUUGGCAAAUUAUCUCUGAAGUGUCGAGACUGUCGUGUGGUCUCUCAUCCAGAAUGUCGGGAACGCUGUCCUCUUCCCUGCAUUCCUACCCUGACAGAAACACCUGUCAAAAUUGGAGAGGGAAUGCUGGCUGAUUUUGUGUCACAGACUUCUCCCAUGAUCCCUUCUAUUGUUGUCCAUUGUGUAAAUGAGAUUGAGCAGAGAGGCCUGACUGAGACAGGCUUAUAUAGGAUCUCAGGCUGUGACCGGACAGUAAAAGAACUGAAAGAGAAAUUCCUGAAAGUGAAAACUGUACCCCUCCUCAGCAAGGUAGAUGAUGUCCAUGCCAUCUGCAGCCUCCUGAAAGAUUUCCUUCGAAACCUCAAAGAACCACUUCUGACCUUUCGGUUAAACAAAACCUUUAUGGAGGCAGCAGAAAUCACAGAUGAAGACAACAGCAUAGCCGCUAUGUACCAGGCUGUUGGUGAAUUGCCCCAGGCCAACAGGGACACAUUAGCCUUCCUCAUGAUUCACUUGCAGAGAGUGGCUCAGAGUCCAAGCACAAAAAUGGAUAUUCCCAAUCUGGCUAAAGUAUUUGGCCCUACGAUAGUCGCCCAUGCUGUGCCCAAUCCAGACCCGAUGACAAUGCUACAGGACAUUAAGCGCCAACCCAAGGUAGUAGAGCGCCUGCUUUUACUGCCCCUGGAAUACUGGAGUCAAUUCAUGAUCGUGGAACAGGAGAACAUUGAUGCCCUGCAUGUCAUAGAAAACACAAAUGCAUUUUCAACGCCACAGACACCAGAUAGUAAAGUGAGCUUCCUGGGGCCUGUGACCACUCCUGAGCACCAGCUUCUCAAGACUCCUUCUUCAAGCUCCCUGUCACAGAGAGUUCAUUCCAUCCUCUCUAGGAACACACCCAGGUUUGGGAGCAAAACCAAGUCUGCCACCAACUUAGGGCGACAAGGCAAGUUUUUUGCUUCUCCAAUGCUCAAGUGAAGUCACGUCUGCCUGUUAUCUCCCAGCAUUUACCAACUGCAAGAAGGGGCACACCUGUACUCUGCUCUGCAGCCUUCUGUACUCAUUACUACUUUUAGCAUUCUCCAGGCCUUUAAUCAAGUUUAAUUGUGCAUGAGGGUUUUAUUAAAACUAUAUAUAUCUCCCUUUCUUUCUCCUCCAGUAAUGUAACAUCAGCAUCUUGUGCUGGUUGUCAUUUGGAGCUUUUAGAUUGGAGAUCUUUACAUGAAUAGAGAGGUAAUAUGAAAUUUGUUCUGAAUCUUUUUGGGGUGCAGGGGCAUCCCUCUGGCUUAAAGCCAAGUGCUGCUGGUGGAAUGGCUUUUGACUUGUGUCACUGAGAACUAAUUUUCAUGAGACAAUGACAAAUUCUACUUCUAUGGUAAGACUGACUUGUCUCAGGGUGGGAAGUGGGAGGGCAGGGUAAAGAAGGAAUUUGAGAGUGGAUUAGUGUGGCUCCUCCUUAGAACUUGGGGUUUCCUUCCCCCAUGAUGGACUAAGCUGUAGUGUGGAGCGUUCAUAAAAAUGAGAUAAGUGGAGGACAGAACUAGUGCUGGGAAUUGGCUUAGCUUUAAUUUGGUUUGAUUAGGUCUUAAUAGUAUAAAGGGGCACAAUCUUAUAAAUGUGAUACUACAACUAGUUGUUUAAUCUCUAAUGGAGCUCUGCCUGGACUUUUGGGUUGAUUGAGGUCAGAGCCAUUUUGUUUUUCAAAUUUGAAUUCAUUCUGAUUGACCUCCCACUCAUUUCCAGUGGAGCCCUGUUUCUAGGUCAGCAUAUUGUCUGCAUGGCAUCUCACUAAUAAUUAACAGUAGCUGUAAGGGAAGAUUAUCAGUAUUUCAUGUGGUAAGAAAAGUUAGUCGAGAUAAAAGGGGGGACCAGGAAUAUAGCUCAGUGCUGCAGCACCUACCAGGCAAGGUGAGGUCCUGAGUUUGCUUUCUGGUUUAAAAGUCAUUUUUGUCUUGCACUUUGGAUGCUGAAAUUUUUCUAUGAAACAUAGCUAUAGCCACAUAUAUGUGAAUAUCUUCUGUUAGAAUUAUUCCCAGUAUCUGUAAAAAUGGUUUUAUUGCAUAGCAUAUUUCUAACUCAUAUUAACCCUGUCUAUAAGACAUUUAUUUAGAAUAAUAUUUUGGGAAAAGUAAAUACAUAGCUUUUUCAAAAUGAACGUGAAAUUGGUUUUCUUGUCCUCCACAGUAACUUUUAAAGUAUUUUUUAGUUUAUUGUUCAUCUCUAUUUCCUGCUCCAUGGGCCCACCACAACCUCACCACCUUCAGGAGUAUGAUUCUCUUUUUUUCAUUUAUUUCUCUGUCCAUAUUGAAGUCCUAGAUUUGUCCUAUGACCAUUAUCCUCUUGUUUGAAGAAAGUACUUUAAACAAAAAACAAACUUUAAACUUAGUCUUUGGAGACCAGAAUGGUGCAGAUUAAAAAAGAAAAGAAUUGCUGCUGGCUGGCUGGUUGCCUGGAACAUCCUUCACUGCUGGAAGUGACUCUGGAGUGAGCUUCGAUGAUUAACUGAGGGCACCUGCACUUGGAACUCUGAAGCUGGUGAACAGAAUGUAUCUGAGAUUGAACGUAAACAGUUGCAGGCUUAAUAUGUAGCUGUGGAGAGAAGAGACAACCUACUGGCUUUUUUCCCAGGAGGGGGCAGCUCUCACAGCAGGGCCCAUCUGCCUCAGCAAAUUGACAGAGGAUGUGUCCCACCGCCCCGCACCCUCCCUCACAUGCAUCCUGCUAGGCUUUAUUUUUUAAACAUUGUCCUCAAUGCUACAGCUUUUCCUGUGUCUUUGCAAGCCUCAAAUUGGCUUGAGUCCAUAUUUGCUGUUCUGUCGUAUCUCCCCAAGGUGCAUUUGAAGUCACUAAUGUAAAAGAAGUAAAUGGAUUGUGCAGUGUUAGUUAAGGCAAGACUACCCUACACAGGAAUUGAUGGCCCAUUAAUGAGAAGGAAAAUGGUCCUGUGUGCCAGUGUUGGCAGCCAGUUGCUUAUUUGGGGGGCUACUCUGAGAGACCUUAGCCAUGAAAAUCUGUUAUUAGCAAGGGGGGAUAUGUAACCUCUUUCGACUUUAACAGUACUUCAUGUGGAACAGCUUGAUUUCAAGGGCUUUCUUAAUUAAAUUUAGUUUUCUCCAAUGUGAGA